AUGGCCACGGUCGAACACUGCCUCCUCUGCUUCGAGGCCCUCGACGCCGCGCUCAACAAGACCGGAGCCAUGUCUCUCGACGAGCUGCGCGCCUCCUGGGCCGUCUACAACAGCUCGACCGCGCCGCCCGCCGCCUUUUCCCCCAAAGACCCCGCCCUGCAGCGCGUAACCGCCGCCGACGGCGAUUCCUCCUCCUCAUCGUCAUCCUCCACGUCCCUCGUGGCAUCCACGCCCGCCACGACCGCCUCCUCCUCGCUGACGCCCGCAAACAUCACCUCGGCGCCCCUCUUCGUCACCUGGAACACCCUCGACAACGCCUCCCCGGACGACCCCGACCCCGACUCUGACCCUGACUCUGACUUUGACGACGACGGGGUCUCUCUCCGCGGCUGCAUCGGCACCUUUGAGAGCCAGCCGCUCGCCGAGGGCCUUCCCGAGUACGCGCUCAUCUCCGCGCUGCAGGACACGCGCUUCCCGCCCGUCACCGCCUCGGAGCUGUCAACCUUGCAGGUCGCCGUCACGCUGCUGACCGACUUCGAGGAGGCGGCCGACGCGCUCGACUGGGAGGUCGGGCGGCACGGCAUCCGGCUGUCGUUCCGUGACGCCGCGGGCCGCCGCUACGGCGCGACGUACCUGCCGGACAUCGCGGCCGAGCAGGGGUGGACCAAGGAGGAGACGCUGUUCAGCCUGGCGCGCAAGGCCGGGUGGACGGGCAGCCGCGCGCGCUGGCCGGAGCUGGCGCUCAGGCUCACGCGGUACCAGGGCAAGAAGCGCUCGCUCAACUACGCCGAGUACAGGAAGUGGAAGGACUGGGCGGCCGAGCAGCAAAAGGCAUAG